AUGGCAGAGGGAAGAGGGUCUACUCUCGUCCACCUUUUGGUCGUCGUUUUGUGCUUGGUCGCGUUUGGCUUCGCCAUUGCCGCUGAGAGAAGACGAAGCGUCGGAACCAUGUACAAAAUUGAAAAAACAAAUGAAACAUAUUGCAGCUACAGUUCAGAUGUUGCGACGGGUUAUGGAGUGGGUGCUUUCCUGUUUCUUCUUUCAGGUGAAUCAUUGCUAAUGGGAGUAACAAAGUGCAUGUGCUUUGGGAGGCCCUUAACACCUGGGGGAAAUCGAGCGUGGUCCAUUAUAUAUUUUCUUUCUUCUUGGAUCACUUUUCUGGUGGCAGAAGCGUGUUUGAUAGCAGGUGCAACCAAGAAUGCCUACCACACCAAAUACCGAGGAAUGAUUUAUGCUCAAAACUUCUCCUGUGAAGCCUUGCGGAAAGGUGUUUUUGUUGCCGGUGCAGUUUUUAUUGUUGCAACCAUGAUUCUUAACGUAUACUACUACAUGUACUUCACAAAGGCAACAGCCACACCAGUUUCUCAUAAGGCAAAUCGAGUGAGCUCCACAGUUGGAAUGGCUGGAUAUGCAUGA